GCCCCCGUCUCUGGUCGUUUCUUCCCCACCAACGUCGCUUUAACCCUAACACGCCGCCGCGGCGGUGGCCGCCGGCGAGACCCCGGACCCCGCGCGCCCUCCUCAGGACGACGCGCCCCGCAGCCGUACCGCCGCCGGGGUACCUAGGUGAGAGCUACAAGCAUGAUGGCUCAGACCUAUGCACCAGGCAGCUUUUCCAUUCAGCAACAGUAUUCACAGAGAGAACUUGAUAUGCUUCAGCUGGACAGUAUCGAUCAGCCUAACUCCCCAGUUCGCCGCCUUAUCACUCAAAGAAUUGAAGCAUACCUGAAAGAAAGGAAAGAAUUUUGUAACUUCAACCCAGAUUGUCUUCUGAAAAUUUCAAGAAAUAUUGAUGAAAAACUCUACAGGGACGCUCAAACAACGCUCCAUUACAUGGAUCUCAACACUGUAGAAAUUAGAGUGAAUGCUGUGCUCAGUUCUAUAUCAUUUGGCAGCCACAGAGAUUUUUGGUUAUCUUCAGCAGUUUCAUCCACACAAAAUUUACAGCAGCUGACUGGUAUACAAGUGCCAGAUUCUAGUAUCUAUCAUGGUAGAGUUGGUCCUGGUUUUACUAAUGCACCCUCAUAUGCAAGAGAUGUGUCUACACGUAUUGUGUUUCCUUCUCAGAGAUAUGAACCUAAUGAUCACAAUAUGACUGCUGCUAGUUUUGCUCUAGCAGGAAGGCCUGAAACCUUUACGAACACCGUAGUUGCUCCAUGUGCCUCGGCACUUCCAAAAUGUAGUUCUGACCUUGGUGGAAUUGUCAGUGCUGGAUUGCACAAUGGCCACAUAAAGGACCAUUUUCCAGGUGAUGCUCAUCAAUUUGAUAGUCCACAACCGUCGAUGUCUGGGAGUUCCAGUCCUUUCUCAGCAGUGUGUGAUCCAGCCACAAGUUCCACUACAGUGAUAAGAUCUUCGAUGGACUCUAUCUCUAAAACAAAUGGACACAAACUUUCUACAGGUUGCAAUGUAAAUUCUGCUGGUCAAGAACAAUCAUUUCAACUAUACAGAGAAUAUGAGAAAGAUUUAAAUUGUGCAUGGAAUCAGCCAGUUCAGCAAUCACAUCAGUCAAAUGUCACAAUUGAAAGCCUUGAAAUGUUGUACGUCAGUGACCACACUGAAAAGUUCAUAUACCCCAAAGGAGAAUGCAGAGUUGACAGAUAUGUGGAAAUGGAAGAAAAUUAUUGUACUUGUGACCCUGUGAGGGAGAGAGUGGAGAGAUCUGAACAGACAUCAAAUAGCACAGUGUCAAAGCCAACUUCACCUAUUUCAGAUGAAUCUUCUGGCAUGCAUCGUCCGGCGAAACGCCUGAAGGCUGAUUUUACCAGUCUUGUCCAUGUUAAUCAAGUAGAGAGUCCAAAGGAGCAAAAACCUGUUGUCAAUGAGACUCAUGUAUCUGGAGAAACAGUACAAUCAGAAAACAGAGAAUUACCUACAAAGUCAUCAUGUUGCAGUUCCGGGGCGGACAACAAUGCUGAUACCAAUAAAAUGCUUGAACCUGAUAGUGAAGAUGUGCACAACAUGGAGACUGUAAGAUCACCAGAGACUUGUGCACAAACAGAAGAAGAAUUGCACUGUGCAAAUGGUAACAUUGAGAUGAAAGACUCUAAGACUGCUGCAUUGGAUCAGACACCAAGAGGGGUCAAUUUAAAUUCACGGAAAAAACGAGGGGAUUCCAUACUUUAUGCAUUAACUGCUGAGGAGGUUAGAGAUCACAUGAGAAGUCUAAACCAACAUACCUGUCCGACCAAGGUGACAUCUGAAGAAAUACAAUUAAUUGAAGGCUUGCCUGAUCAGAAUACAUGCAGUUUAUGUGGGAUGGAGAGGCUUCUUUUUGAACCCCCUCCGCGAUUUUGCAGUCUUUGUUUCAAAAUAAUAAAUUCUACAGGGUGCUAUUACAUUGCAGUUGAAAAUGGGAGUGAUAAAACUUCUAUAUGUAGCAAAUGCCACCAUCUUAUUAGUUCAAAAGCUAAAUAUGAUAAGAGAUUCAAUUAUGCAGAAACAGAUGCUGAGGCUGAAUGGUGGGUCCAGUGUGACAAGUGCAAAGCUUGGCAGCAUCAAAUCUGUGCUCUUUUUAACCAAAAAAUUGUUGACAAAGAGGCGGAAUAUACUUGCGCAAAAUGUUUAUUGAAGGAAAAGGAUAGUGGAGAUAUUUAUUCGCUGGAGUCAUCCACUGUUCUUGGAGCAUUGGAGUUGCCAAGAACUAAACUAAGUGAUCAUGUUGAGCGAAGGCUUUCUGAGAGGCUUGAGCAGGACCGGCAGCAGAGGGCAAGUGCCUCAGGAAAAAGUGUUGAAGAGGUACCAGGAGUUGAAGGUCUUACAGUUAGAGUGGUUUCUUCAACUGACAGAGUACUGCAAGUCCAACCGCGUUUUCAAGAAUUUUUUAAACAAGAAAAGUACCCUCGCGAAUUUCCAUACAAAUCGAAGGCCAUUCUCUUGUUUCAAAAGAUUGAAGGUGUAGAUGUUUGUCUGUUUGCCAUGUAUGUACAAGAGUACAGUUCAGAUUGCCCAUCACCAAAUCAAAGGCAUGUUUAUCUUGCAUAUAUCGAUUCUGUCAAGUACUUCAGGCCUGAAAUCAAAUCUGCAAGUGGGGAAGCUCUCCGUACCUUUGUGUACCACGAAAUUUUGAUUGGUUAUCUGGAUUACUGCUUGAAACGAGGAUUUGUAAGCUGUUCCAUAUGGGCAUGCCCAUCUACCAAGCGUGAUGAUUAUGUUUUAUAUUGUCAUCCAGCAGCACAAAAGAUGCCCAAGUCUGACAAGCUUCGGAGCUGGUACCAGAACUUGAUCAAGAAGGCUAUUAAAGAGGGUGUAGUUGUGGAGCGCAAUACACUCUAUGAUUUUUUUCUUCAGCCUACCAAUGAAUGCAAGGCCAAUAUCUCAGCAGCAUGCUUGCCAUACUGUGAGAACGAUUUCUGGCCUGGGGAAGCAGAGAAACUCCUUGAGAAGAAAGAUGAUAACACCUCACAGAAGAAAGAGACACAAGUAGGAAGGCUCUUACGUGUUGCCAAACGUGAUGACCGAAAAGGAAACCUUGACGAUAUUUUGCUUGUGCACAGGCUUGGAGAAAGGAUGCACACCAUGAAAGAAGACUUUAUUAUGCUUUGUCUGCAGCAGUUUUGCAAGCACUGUCACCAACCUAUUGUAUCUGGUAAAAGUUGGGUUUGCACCAGCUGUAAAAACUUCCAUCUCUGUGACAAGUGUCAUGCCGAGGAGCAGAAUACUGCACAGAAGGACAGGCAUCCAGCUACAACGAAACAGAAGCACACAUUUCAAAGGAUAGAGGUAGAACCUCUUCCGGACACUGAUGAUGGAGACCCAACAAUGGAAAGCAAGUAUUUUGACAGCAGAAUAGAUUUCUUGAAGCACUGUCAAGACAAUCAGUACCAGUUUGAUAGCCUCCGGCGAGCAAAACACUCUACAAUGAUGAUUCUUUAUCUUCUACAUGAGUCGGCUUGUUCUGCUUGCCACCGUGCCAUGGAUCAAUGCUUUGUGUGGCGGUGCCUAGUGUGCCUCGGCUGCAAAUUUUGUGAUCCAUGUUAUAAACAAAGUGGUCAAAGUUUGCAUAUUCAUGAAUUGAGACAGACUGACAAUCACAAAACAUUGCAGAAGAACACUCUACAGCAGGACUACUUUGAAGGCUUGGUGCAUGCAUCGAGAUGCUUCGAUCCUCAUAAUUGCUCUUCUCAAAUUUGUGUAAUGCUGAAGCAAUUGUUCUUCCAUGGUGUACGAUGUGACAUCCGUGCUCACAAUUGGGGAGGUUGCAAGAAGUGUGUAUUCAUGUGGAAACUUCUGCUCAGUCACUCAAGAGAUUGCAGUCACGCAGACUGUUUGGUUCCCAGAUGCAGGGAUAUAAAAGUGUACAUGACUGAAAAAAAGAGGCUUGGUGGGCCUGUGCUGUAGAAGGCCAGCGGAUCAGAAGCCAGCUUCUUGUAUACACAAGUGAACUAGUAGUCUAGUACUAGAUUUUUUUUUCCUUAACCAGUAAAAUUUGUUGGUGAAAAUGCAAUAAGUUGCAGUUGGUCAUCGACGGACGGACUGCAAGGCGUGGUGCUGCCAGUGGUGGUGGUGACGGGGAGGUGGCUGCGGCCGCUGGUUUUCCUGUCAUUGGCAGAUGAAAGGGGAGGCCUCUCGAGUGGCUGUGCUGAACUGGUCUCUUUAAUUUACCCAUGUCAUAGAGGGAACUACCACCGGAAGCCUACAUAGGCAAUCUGACAUUUGUUUAGUGUCCGUACAUAUCCUGUACAUAUAAUUUCCCUUGCAAUUCAUAGGUGGAUCAACAGAAUAGAUGGUUUCGUUUUUUCCUUUUUUGUUCCCGAUUGUAUUGAACAAGGCCACAUUUUUGUUCAGUGUUGCUGUGCAGUGGCGACAUCCAAAUUCAAUGAAUGAAUGUGUAUAUUUACCCUCC